GAGGUUUAUUAAUAAAAAAAAGGGUGGGGUGGAAAGUAGGGGAGGGAUAGCGUUGGUUUGACGCAAAGCGAAACAGUUGUAGAAUCAUAAAGCAAUUCCACCUCCUCAUCUUCCCUUGUAUUUCGAUCAUCAUAAUAUUCACAACAACAUCUCUCAAACCCAAACCCCCUCCCUCCUCAACACAACUACUGCAAUCAUGGCCAACGCUGCUUCUGGGAUGGCUGUGCAUGAUGACUGCAAACUAAGGUUCCUGGAUCUGAAGGCGAAGAGAACCUUCAGAUUUGUUGUUUUCAAGAUUGAAGAGAAACAAAAGCAAGUUGUUGUCGAAAAGGUGGGCGAGCCAGCUUUAAGUUAUGAUGACUUUGCUGCAAGUCUUCCUGCUGACGAAUGUCGCUAUGCUGUUUAUGAUUUUGAUUUUGUGACUGCGGAGAACUGUCAGAAGAGCAAGAUAAUCUUCAUUGCAUGGUCUCCUGAUACUGCACGUGUUAGAAGCAAGAUGAUCUAUGCUAGCUCCAAGGACAGGUUUAAGAGGGAGCUAGAUGGAAUUCAGGUGGAGCUGCAAGCAACAGACCCAACUGAGAUGGACAUUGAUGUUAUUAGAAGUCGUGCUAACUGAGCAUGAAGUUCAAGUUUCCCAUGACUUACUUGCCAGGGAGAGUUCCUCAAUGCAAUCUUCAUUACAUUACAUGAGUGAAAUGUUUAUAGUUUGUGGGGUUUAAGGGUACUUGGCUUAAAUAUGAUGAUGGUUGCCAGGAAUUACCAUACAGUAUCGUUUUAUAUAUUGGUACAACAUUUGUGUUUCCGGUUAUAAUUUCUUAUUUGUUGUUUCUAGAACCUGGUGUCCAACUUGUAGUCUGAUGUCUGCAAGCUAAUAUGUAACAGUUUGUUGGGAUUGGAUAACUGCUAGUUUGUUUUUUAAAGCUUUAUAUGAAAUUAACCCCUGUUAUGUUCCGAUAA